UUUGGCUCUAUUUACCUUUUGGGGCCAUAGGGGCCAUAGGAGCAGUUCUAAAGGCCAAGUGCGGCCUAAGAGUGAAGAAAAAGCAUUUUGCCGCACGCCUGCCGCUGUCGCGUGCUCUGCAAGGCGUGCGCAAACGUGAGUAGCACAGAGUGAGAGGCCCACAGAGUAAUUGAGCAGUGUGCGAUGAGUAGCCUCGCGGACGACGACUGCAAGAGCGAGACCUACGCCGAGGACCACAGCCCGGCCCUCCAGGAGGACAUCCUCGAGGGCUGCGGCGAGGCGCCCGAAGUCCCCGGCAGCGGCAUCGGCGACCUGCCGGACAAGCGGCGCUUUGAACUACGAAGGAACGUGGGCGGCGGCGCCUUCGGCGACGUCCACGAGGGCUUCUGCCGGCUGACGCAGGCGCGCGUGGCGGUCAAGCUCGCACGGCUGUCGGGCGUGCCGGGCGCGGAGCGCGACGACGGCGAGAGCGUCCCCAAGGGCUUACUCAGGGAGAUCUGGUGCCUGCGGGAGCUCGUCGGCGUCGAGCACGUGACGCAGUACGUGGCGCACUUCCCGCGCGGGCCGAACAUCGCGAUCGUCCUCGAGUUCUGCGCGACGGACCUCAAGAGCGUCAUGGACGUGCGCAAGGCGCCCCUCGACGCGCCCGUCGCGCGGGCCUGGACGCGCAUGGCGCUGCUGGGGCUGCGUCCGUGGCCCGCGUCCCUGAUUGACCACCGGUCCGCGUCGACGGCGUGGAGGGCGAACAACUCACGCCGUCCGUCCGCGCGCAGGCGAAAUCCACGCCCGGGCCCUCUGCCACCGCGACGUCAAGCCGAGCAACCUCAUGAUCACGGACGCCGGCGUCCUCAAGGUCGGCGACUUCGGCCAGGCGCGGCCCCUCGUCGCAAAGGAGGGUGAAAAAAGCGACUUCUCGCACCAGAUCAGCACGCGGUGGUACCGGAGCCCCGAGCUGCUCUUCGGCGCGCGCUCGUACACGACGGCCAUCGACCUCUGGGCCGUCGGCGUCGUCCUGGCGGAAAUCCUGCACGCCUACGUGCUCUUCGAGGGCCGCAGCGACAUCGAGCAGCUCCUCGUCGUCUUCAAAAAGAUGGGCUCGCCAACGGCCGAGCGGUUCCCGUCCGCCGCGGCGACGCCGGACUUUCCGAAGAUCUGCUUCAAGGCCAUGGAGCCCCUCCCGCUCGCCGAGGUCUGCCCGCGGGCCGACGCGGCGGCGCUCGAGCUGAUAGGGACCAUCCUCGUGCUCGAGCCGACGCGGCGCGCGACGGCGGCGGAGGCGCUCGGGGCGCGCUUCUUCGAGGGGCCGGACGCGCCGCGCGUCGACCUCGCGACGCUCGCCCUUUCGACGGCGGCCGCCUGCGACGCCAAACGGAGCGCCCAGGUCGACUCCGACGAGGAGGACUGGAACCGGGGCGGCUGGGAGGGCCUCGGCUGACUCCGGGGAGAUUUUUAACUAAUUUAAUGUGCUAC